UUUAACGGGAGCGCGUCGGUGUCGGUGUCGGUGUCGGUGUCGGUGUCUGCGGGAUGUCGGACUCUGAGGAGGAGGCCCAGGAGCGGCAGCUGAAGCUCGUGCUGCUGGGGGACGGAGCGUCGGGGAAGACUUCUCUGGCCAUCCGCUUUGCACAAGAGGCUUUUGGGAAACAGUAUAAACAAACGAUAGGGCUGGACUUCUUCCUCAAGAGAAUCACCCUGCCAGGAAACCUGAAUGUGACGCUGCAGGUGUGGGACAUCGGAGGACAGACUAUUGGAGGAAAAAUGCUCGACAAAUACGUCUACGGAGCACAGGGCGUGCUCCUGGUGUAUGACAUCACUAAUUCUCAGAGUUUUGAGAAUCUUGAAGAUUGGCUGAACAUGGUGAGAAAAGCCAAUGAAGAGUCUGACACACAGCUGGCAAUAUCACUCAUCGGAAACAAGAGUGAGUACAAACACAUGCACGCACGCAUGCGCACACACACACACACACACUGACAG